AUGUCCCACAAUGAAGUCAAUCCCCAGCGAUUGAGCCCAGGCAUUUCCAUUCCAGACCCGACAAGCUUCUCCAACUUCCAACGCCACAUUUACCAAUCCUUCCAUCCACCUCUGUUCUCAACGAACCCCACAGAAUGGGAAUCCCUCGCCAAAGAGAACAUCCCCGCUGCCAACUUUGGCUACGUCUACGGCUCCGCCAGCAGCGCUUCCACGGCGAAAGCCAACGAUGAAGCCUUCAAUCGAUACCGUCUCAAACCGCGGUUUCUUGUUGAUGUCACGAGACGCGAUGUAGGCGUCGAAUUGUUUGGUACAAAGUAUAAGAGUCCCAUUCUGGUUUCACCAAUUGGUGUGCAGAGCAUUUUGCAUUCGGAUGCCGAGGAGGCGACUGCCAGGGCUUGCCACCGCGUUGGUGUGCCCAUGGUCUUGUCGACAGCUGCGACAAGGUCAAUCGAAGAGGUUGCCAACGCUAAUCAGGAUGGCGAUCGGUGGUUUCAGCUUUAUUGGCCAAAGCCUCAAUAUGAGGAUGUCACAGCUAGUCUUCUCGCUCGGGCGAAAGCGUCAGGCUAUAAGGUUUUAGUCGUGACGCUCGACACCUUCAGUCUUGGUUGGAGACCGACUGAUCUCGAUACAUCUUAUCUGCCUUUUAUCUGGGGUCAGGGCUGUCAAGUUGGCUUCUCAGAUCCUGUCUUCAACAAGAUGUUUGACGAGAUGCAAAAGAACGAUACCCGAAGUCUGGGUGAGAAGAUGGCUGAACUGUGGUCGAUUAUGAGAAGGCCUGGCACUGUCUUUGGUGCUGCAAGGGUUCUUGCCAACGCGAAGACCAUGGUCAAGUCGAAGGCCUGGAUUGAUGUGAUCAACUCGGGCACAUACCGCGAAUGGGCCCAUCUCAAGAUUCUCAAAGAACUUUGGGACGGACCAAUAGUUUUGAAAGGAAUUCAGACCGUUGAAGAUGCACGUUUGGCAAUUGAUCACGACAUGGACGGCAUCAUCGUAUCCAACCACGGAGGCCGUCAGCUCGACGGCGCAGUAGCAUCACUUGAUGCCCUAGCCGAGAUUGCGGCAGAUGAGAAGGUCAAGGACUCAAACUUGACAAUCAUCUUCGACAGUGGCGUGAGGAAUGGUUCAGAUAUUCUCAAAGCUCUGGCCCUUGGAGCCAAGGCUGUUUCAAUCGGUAGACCUUAUGCGUAUGGCCUUGCCGCGGGUGGACAGCAGGGUGUUGAGCAUGUGUUGAAGUGCUUGUUGGCGGAUAUGGAUAACAUGCUGGCUAACGUUGGCAAGAAGAAUAUUCAGGAUCUGAGUCGGCAUGAUCUUCAGAUACUGCCUCUGUCUAAGCUUUGA